AAGGGGAUUGAACUUUGCUUGCGCCCCGGUAAUCGGACAAGGAGUGAUCAUACUCCACAUAAUGGAUUGUCGCAAACACGACAUAACCAAUCUGAGGAGUACUUAAGGCGUCACGGUGCAGAUCUACUUCACUCAGUCAUUUCCGAGCAAUGUCAAUGUCACCUCGCAUAGUCGCUGUUUUUGGGGCCACCGGAACUCAAGGCUCGUCCGUCGUACAAGCCCUACUAGCAGAUGGUACAUUCGUACCGCGUGCAAUCACCCGAAACUGCAGUUCGGAGAAAGCGUUGAAACUGAAGGCCCUUGGUGCCGAGGUAGCGCAAGCCGAUUUAUGGGACGUGGACUCGUUGAAGCGAGCCCUGUCCGGUGUUGAGGCCGUUUAUGGGGUCACCGACUAUUAUGAUCCCAAGAACUUCGCUCAAGGCCACAACAGCGAAAUGCUACUUGGGAAGAAUCUCGUCGACGCUGCUAAAGCAAUGGAUAUCAAGUACUUCAUUUGGAGUUCUCUUCCGCACUGUACACGGGUGUCUAACGGGAAGUAUCCAAAUGUUUACCACUUUGACAACAAAGCCAACGUCGAUGACUAUCUCCGAGAUUCCGGCAUACCCCAUUCUAUCCUGUACACCGGCUGGUUCACGGAGAAUCUCUGGAAGUACAAUACUCUUGCGCCUGUGCCGGAUUCCGAUCGCCUUGAGUUAACUGUGGCGAGAUAUGACCCUCAAUCUCCUCAAUACUUUACAUGGGUUGAGGGGGACCUCGGCCAGUGCGCAUUGGCGCUUCUCAAACACUAUCAAGAUCCUGAAUCAGAAGUUCUCUCCCGAACCUUCUAUGCUGUCAGCGCAAAGAUGAACUACAUUCAAUUUGCGUCUAUCCUCGAGCAGGCACUAGGGAAGCCAGUACGUUUUGUCUCCUGCCAGACCACGGGAAUGCAGGAAAUGGACGACAUGUAUGCGUUCCAAUCCGAGUUUGGACUAUACCCGGAUACCACUAUCCCUGAUCCACGAUUGAUCAACUUGGGAGUGAAGUUCCAUACUAUGGAGGGAUUUUUGCAGGAAAUUAAAGGCAGAUAUGCUUGAAUUUCAUUUCGAACGAAGAUCGUUUUUGUAUGCACUCCUUGUCGAGUUUAUGGAUGAUCAUGAAGUAGCUCUCAAGUUUAUUUACACCCGCACAGUCAAAUGACGCCCAAAUGGACAUGAUCGCCG